AUGAGUGCAGCGGCCCAACCGACCCAGCGCAAGCCGCUACCGUUCGUUGCGAACUUCGCAGCGGGUGCCAUCGCCGGUAUCUCUGAGAUUCUGACGUUCUACCCACUUGAUGUCGUCAAGACGCGCAUGCAGCUUGCGCACGGCAAAAGCCAGGGCUUCAUCCCCACGUUCUCGGCGAUCAUCAAGGAGGAAGGCGCUGGGAGGUUGUACCGCGGUCUCGUACCGCCACUGCUGCUGGAGGCUCCUAAGCGUGCGACCAAGUUCGCCGCCAAUGACUUCUGGGGCAAGACGCUGCGCACCGCAACCGGGUCGGAGAAGAUGACGCAGAACUUGUCGAUCUUGACCGGUUGCAUGGCGGGUGCAACCGAGAGCUUCGUCGUCGUCCCGUUCGAGCUUGUCAAGAUUAAGCUGCAGGAUAAAGCGAGCUCGUUCGCGGGUCCCAUGGAUGUUGUGCGCAAGACCAUUGCGAGGGACGGGUUGCUUGGUCUCUAUGUUGGUAUGGAGUCGACGUUCUGGAGGCAUUGGUGGUGGAAUGGAGGAUACUUCGGUACCAUCUUCCAGGUCAAGGGCAUGAUGCCCAAGGCUGAGACGAAACAGGCGGAGCUCUUCAACAACUUCGUUUCCGGCGGUAUUGGUGGCUUCGUUGGCACAGCCAUGAAUACUCCCUUUGAUGUCGUCAAGUCGCGUAUUCAGGGUGCCGAGAGGCUUCCCGGCGUUGUCCCGAAGUACAACUGGACCUACCCUGCACUGGUUACCAUCGCGCGCGAAGAGGGCUUCGCGGCGCUGUACAAGGGCUUCCUGCCCAAGGUGCUCCGUCUUGCACCGGGUGGUGGUGUGUUGUUGCUCGUUGUCGAGUUCACGCUCGAUGUGUUUCGCAAGACGCUGGGCCCACCGUAUCUGUAA